AAAAAAUAUUAACCUACCUAUUCUGAUAAACAUAAAAAUUGGAGCGCAAGUUGAAUAAAAAUAGAGAGUAACAGAAGUGUAAAUGGAACUUCUGCAUGGGAAAUGAAAUUUCAGACAGUGGUACGUUUCAUUGUUCGAAUUUUUAGUUUCUAAAAGUUUUAUUUGCAUUUUUGUCGCUCUUCAUUUACAUUCGACUUGCGCUCCAAUUUUUAACAAUCCCAAAAGUUUGUAUCAAGAAUCUUCGAUUCAAAAUUUCGCGCAUACCUGAGAACGUGCCCGCUUUUGCAGGAUUCACUGCCGCGAAUUUGGAGUUCUCGCUACGUGGCCGCGCGAGGCACGAGAAGGCAACAUAUCGACGUGCCUCUCGUUUUUUCAUGCACACGUGAACAAGAGCGGGUGUGCGAUCGGUUCCCUCCUUUGGUUCUUCUGUCUCUCUCGAAGGUUAGUGAAUCGAGAGGGGCCAUCGAUGUUCCGUCAAGAUUUGUUAUGCCGCUCCUGCCUCUCGGAGAUGUCACGGUAACGCGGGGCGCACCAGUCCGAUUGCAAUCGUGUGAACUGGUGUAAACAGACGGUGAUUCCGUCGGGCCUGACGUUCGCGAUGCAGUCCGACAUCAUGGAGGACUUGAAGAUCAAAUUUUUUGGCCUCAUCAACAAACAGAAUACAACUAAAGUGCCACUCAUGGGUGUGAAUCCUGAGUUGCUUAAUCCAUCUGAUCCACAAAAAUCCGAAGACCUUUGCUCCGAGGCCGAUCAAUCGACAGAGAGCGAACCUAUACCCGACCAGGACGUGUUAGACUCCAUCGAGGCCGUUUAUUUCAGUAUCGAUAGUAGCUUCGAUUCAUCGCGCUAUGAACUGAAGAAACUGCCAGAGCAACUGCAUUCCAAGGAAAUAGAGAAAUGCUAUAAGAAACUCAAACAGCAGCAUCAGGUGGUCUCGAAGAAGGUGCUGCAGCUCAUCUUACAGAAGCAGAGUGCCUGUAAUGCAGAAUUCGACAAGAUUCUGCUGCUGCAGGACCAACUGCAGGAUGUCUUGGAGAAAUGUAAAAUGGGAAGGGCAGAUCUGCAAUUAGCUGAGAAACAAUUUACCAAAGCGAGUUUAGGUAUAUUAGCUAAUUAUCAAAGAAGACAAGUGAUCCAGGAAUUAUUGAAUAGUUUAAAUACUAUAAAGACCCUGCAAUGUACAGGAGAUCGUCUACAAGAGCAUUUAAAUGAGGGGAAUUAUCCUGGAGCCAUAUCGCUUCUUUUGGAGUGCCAGAGUGCUGCUCAGACUUACAAGCAUUUCCGUUGUAUCGCCGAGCUGAACACGAACCUGCAAAAUAUAUUAGAUCAAGCUGAAAGAACCUUAGACAAUACGCUCUCUAAAAUGUGCACUGAAUUUGACGUCACGGUGUACUCUUCAAUUCAGGAGGCAUAUGCGUUGUUAGGGAAGACUCAAUCUGCCAUGGAUCAAUUGCAUAUGCAUUUCACCGCGGCCAUUCACAACACGGCGUUUGCCGUUAUCCAUAGCUAUGCGGGCGGUGAUGUAAAAAGACAAUAUAAACAAUUGUGUCAGGCUGUGCCCCGUGAAAAAUGUAUAGCUUGCCUCACGGAGCUGUGCAAAUCGCUGUGGACAAUACUGAAUUCAUAUCAUUUAAUUGUAAAUUGGCAUAAUGUGCAAGAGGAGAAAGCCGAGUAUAAAUCUGACGUUAAGGAUUUAGAGGCGACUUUAAGCAAGCAAUAUGUAAAACAUAAAUUAGAGAAUGGUAUGGUGCGAGUAUGGCACGAUGUGGAAAUGAAAAUAUCUGUAUAUCUGAUGAAUACCGAUUUAACAAAUACAAAAUUUGAACAGUUUGUUCAGGUGUUAGGUAUAGUUAACAGAUUGAUGGAAAUUGGGGAAGAUCUCUGCGGUUUCAAAUCGGAGAAAUUGCAAGAGUCCAUAAAAAAGCAGUCUCUGUCUUACUUUUCUCAUUAUCAUGCAUCUCGUUUGGAUGAAUUAAAAAUGUUUUUGGAACAUGACGGCUGGGAAUUGUGUCCUGUGAAGUCCAAUUUCGUGGCUACACAAUUAUUGGAGUUUCGAAGUUUAAAACCAUCGCUCAGUAAUUGUAAAACGAAUAGCCUAGAUAGCUCGACUUUAAGUGACAGUGAUAAUUCUACGGGAGUUGACCUGCAGAAAUAUUCGGAAAGCGGUUUGUCACCAUUCACAAUCGGAUUGGAUGAUACAAUGGAUGAAGAUAUUUUAAUAAACGAUGAAAUUGAUCAACCUGCGUAUUUUUCGGACGAGUCCGAUGAGGAUAUUCCUGAUGAGUUGAAGCACGAGUAUGUAGAUGAGUUGGAUUACACGAAAGUUAAUAAAAAGAAGUGCAAAUUUAAACAGUCUGGACCUAUGGUCACGAACACGACGUUAAGCGUACUGAGAGUAUGCGGCAAGUAUCUGCAGAUGUCGAAGCUUUUACGAUCAAUCGCGGUUACCGUCAUACAGAGCAUGAUACAAUUUUUUGAACUAUGCUUCUACACAGUACACUUAUUCUUUACGUCGGACCUCCAAAUUAAUAGCGACUCGUUAUACAGUCCAAAAUUAAAAUUAUCCUUAGCGCGAAUCAGAGAAAUUCUAAUUAUCUCUGAGAACGAUACAAUAGAGGAAAAUGGCAAUGCGAAUUACAAUAAAGUAAGACAACCACAGCUUUCAUCCAUUGUGAAUUUGUCACAACCUGAGAAACUUCACGGAUUAACGGAACGUAUUGUAGCUGUCGAGUCUCUGAUAUUUUUAGGACAACAAUACGAAGGCUUAAGGCCUUAUUUAGAGCAUCUUAUUGCCAGUAGUCCUCAGAGAGGAUUUUUACAUCAGUUUUAUAUGCAAACGAUAGCGUCCGCCUCCGACUUAAGAAAGCCAGUCUACAUGGCAGUGACGUCACAAGCGUUUGACGUUGUAAAUAUUUUGAAUUUAAUGAAUAAAGUUAAUUGGGAAGUGACAGAUGUCAUGUCUCAACAUAGUAACUACAUCGAUGCAUUAAUCCAAGAAGUGUGUACUUUAAACGAGAGACUUAGCACAAUUGGAACAUACAUCCCUUUAAAUGUGGAUAUAUGUAACGCAGUAUGGGAAAAUGUGGCUCACUUAAUCACACAUACUUUAGUGGAAGGAUUUUCCAAUGCUAAAAAGUGUUCGAAUGGCGGUAGAGCUUUGAUGCAGCUCGAUUUUACGCAGCUAAAAUCGAAAUUCGAGAAAAUGACAUCCUUGAGACCCAUGCCGCAUAGGGAGUAUGUUGAAUUAUACAUCAAAGCGUACUAUCUUCCUGAAAAUAGCUUCGAAGAGUGGAUUAAGGAGCAUAAGGAAUAUUCAGUUAAACACCUAAUCGGUCUAAUUUCGGCAACAUGUCAAAACAACAAGAAAACGAGACAACGAUUGAUAGCACUUGUGGAAGAGCAGCGGCCCGGUAGAUAGCAUCCAACCAUUUAUUACAAAUCCGUACAAGAUCAUAUUGAGAUAGGAAGUAUUUAAAAUGUCUAUCGAAUCGGGGAUAUGAUCAAUGAAAUCAAUCGUGUUGUUAAUUGUACAGAAAAAUUGUAGAAUUUUCAAAGUAUGUUACAAAACUAAUCAGAUAUAUUCGUGUUUAAACUAUUUUAUCAAGUUAAAAUCUCUGCGAGAAUCACGAUCCAAGCAAGUCACACAUUUUAAUAUAUUUAUCAAGUAUUCUGUAUAUGAAUCUCGUAGUUGUAAGAAUGAUUUUACAAUGUACUAACUGUAGCUCUAAUGUAUAUAUUACUAACAUUCUAAUAUUAUACACAUUAUACAUGGUAUUUGCGUCUAUACAGUUAGACUACGUGCGAAUUGGUACGAUGGAACUUAGCUUAUCUUUAAUAUAUCGAGAUAUUUUUCGAUAGCGAAUAUGCACGGUAAUACGAAUCUCAUUUGUGAAUCUUUGAAUUUGCAAUUGUGCAGUAUUAACAUGCGAUAUCAUGGUAACUAAGAACUCGAAAUGUUGCCAAUAAUUUUACAAUGAAGUUAUAUAUACAUAUAUAUAUAUAUAUAUAUAUAUAUAUAUAUAUAUAUAUAUAUAUAUGUGUAUGUAUAUAUACACACACAGGGUGUCCCUGACCAUGUGAAUCAAUGCUCAUAAAGAGGGAAAAGGAAUCGAGAUAAACAUAAAAGUCCAAUAUUGUCUUGGGUUAGAUCCACCAAUAAUCGAGAUAUUAAUUUUCCAAAUUAUGCGAAUGAGAGCGCGCCGAGAGAAAAGCUCGAGCCAUAGCACGGAAGAAA